GGCUGGGCAUCUUUUCUGCCUGGCCGCCCGCUUCGGGGGGGCCCGCCGCGGCAUGGCCACCGAGCUGGAGCAGCGUCUGGCUCACCAGCGUGCUCGAGCCGACGCCGGCGACACCGGCGAACCCGACCUGGUGGUGUCUCUGACCUCGCUGUCCGCCGCUGGGAGGUCACGACCAGACCUCCUCGAGAGGACGAUCGAGGUGCCGUCAGCGGAAGGCUCCGCGCCCUCCUCUCAAGCGGACCUCAGGCGCAAGCUGGGGAGCAGACGCGCUCGUGUGCACAGGACUGCUUGUCGCGGCGCUUCUUUCCCCUCCCCUCGCCUUGCUAUCUCAGUCGUUGUUGAUUCUUGUGGUUUGCUUGCACGUUUUAAGAUCAUUCAUUAUGUGCGUACUAAUGCUUUGUGUGGUUUCAGUCU